AUGUAUCCCCAGUGGCUGGUGGGCAUGGCUCUCCUGGCCUUCGCCUUCAUCACGCCCAUCGGCUCAGACUUGUCUGUGCGAGGCUCCGCAGGACUAGCACCCGACUUGUCCAACUGGGCUGGUACUCACACUGCGAUCAAAACACGGGCCUUACGAACUAUCGACGAUAACGACCACGAAGAGGGAUCAGGAGGACUGUCCGUCCUGUCGGGAAGAAAGUCAAGAAACUGCUUUCGUCUUCGAAGGUGGCUCCAAACGCUCGGCGAGGGAAAAUCCGCCGACGUCGUGUUCGACCGUUUGCAUCUUACCAACAUCUUUUCAAGCACAGUGAAAAUCGCUGAAAGGGUGGAGAGUGCGUGGAUCAAUCUGUGA